UGUGGUAAAUGGUACCGGCAGGACGUAUUACAUACAACUGUUUUGAAAAUCUGUUUAAACAUUAUUCUGUGUUCGUCGACAUGAGUAUCUGGUCAAACUCCUUCUCACAAACAUGUGUUUCGAGGUGCGGGAUUGUGCUGGUGUCACUAGUGCACGUGAUACUUACAACUGUGUCCAACGAAACUGCAGUAACAUGCAAAAGAUGGCCGAAUGUUGAGGUGACUUCCGGGUCGACAUGGAUCGAGCGCUGUCGGCGAUGUCAGUGUAAGAGUGAUGGAAAGACAGAGUGUGUGCAGCCAAUGUGUCCGCUUGCUUACCACCCUUACCAAGAAGACAGGUGUAUACAGUGGUCACCGGAUUCCUGCUGUUGUCAGAAACUUGUUUGUCGGCGUAACGGUCAAACGUACAACGUUGGUGAUAAGUUCCCGCUCAAUGGGGAUGACCCGUGCAUGUUGUGCACGUGCAAGGCAGAACCAGGGGUCACUGAAUGCGAGAAGAUGGAGUGUUUCGCGGUUGGUUGCGUGAACCCAGCUUUCAUGGAAGGCCAUUGCUGUCAUCUGUGUCCCUCUGGAUUAAAUUGUCGAUUACCUCCCUUGGAGUGGCCAAUGAAUGGGAAGGUGGACUCAGUCGACCCCGUCCCUUUCAAUACAACCAGAAUAGUAUUCAGCGAAGCAAAUCCGCGAUAUGCUUGGAGCUGCACGUGUAAGACCCCUGGUUCCGAUGCGGAAUGUUCUCGUCAAGCCAGAUUGUCUCAUAUGAGAUUCGGGCGCUACAGACACCCAUGAACAAUUGCCACAAGACUGUUUACGAAUCUUCCGAAUCAGGC